AUGCCCCCACGGCGCCAUCGUCGCCAUGCCAGUGCCGGCGUAGCAGAAGCAAUGCCAAAAGCCAAAACACAGGAACAACAACAACAACAACAGCCAGAAGAAACUCCCAAAGUGGAAAUGCAAGAUGUGAAAACUGCAGAGAUCGUCGCCCCAAAGGUGGUGCCGGUAGAACCUAUUCCUCCCCCUCCUCCUCAGGUUGCUGCUGAUGCUAAUACUCCUGCAAACACAACAGUACUACAAGAAAACAGCACCGCAGAGAUGCAGAUGUCGGCUGUACCAACCUCUACAGUGCAGACAGAGACGACGCGAUCGGUAGUCACAAAGUUGGCGAAGAAACGAAAGCCCAAAUUGUCGUUUUUAUUCGAAGAAGAAGGGCAAGAUGUCGAUGACGCGAAACGGAAACCAAAACUUGCAUUUCUUUUUGAUGAAGAUGCUUCCCGUGAUAAGGAUCUGGAGAAGGAACCGCCGCAGCAUGUACAGAAUAGUGUGUCAAACAUAGAGAAAGUCAUAGAAGAAGUAAAUAAAUCUAGCAUAGAAAAUAAAGCAGAAGAAGUUGAUACAACUAGUGAGAAACCGGUUGUUAAGGUGGAGUCGUCUCGCCCCAUACGUCGUGCCAUGGAAUACUCCAAGAGAGCCAAGCAACGACAUAAAGAGCAGAAAAUUAUCGAUAAUCAGGAUGAUAAUACAGAAGCUAAUAAGGUGACGAACGAAAGUAAUAUAGAUGAGAAUGUGUUGUUAAAUUCAACUAACACAACGACACAACUAAAGGAUAACCAAGAAGAUAAUCAGCACAUAAUAGAAAGGGAAAAGGUGGCAUUAUCUUCUCCAUCAGUCAUUGACCCCGUAGAAUCUAAAGAGAACCAAAGGAAACUACAUGAUACCAAGAUGCAGAUUUCUAAUGAGGUUCCCAAUAAAAAUGGAGCAAGACAUGUGAAUGUCAUGAUAACAAAACCUCUGAAGCGCAAUCGUCAUUUCCACACCAUAGAGAAAGAAGUAACGAAAGAUGUACUGAGCAGUUCCAAACCCGUCAGUGAAGGGGAACUGGGAGUAUCAACUGAUUCUGACAUAAACUCAGUAACUGAGCAAACAGCACCGGUGAAAGACAACAUCGACCAACCCCAGUUAUCUCAUUCCUCUAGUGAAACCAAACUUGAGAACGGGAACACAAUGACAAGGAAAAUGAGCAAACUAUCUAAACUAGCUAAGAGAAAAAAAAUCAAAAGACAUUUAGGAGUAGAGAAAUUGCUGAAUGAAGAAAGCGAAAGCAACACCAUGAAAGCUGAAGAGGAAGCAACUCGGAAGAGGGCGGAAGAGGAAGCUGCCCGUAAGAAAGCUGAAGAGGAAGCUGCUCGUAAGAAGGCUGAAGAAGAGUCGGCUCGUAAGAAGGCUGAGGAGGAAGCUGCUCGUAAGAAGGCUGAAGAGGAAGCAGCCCGAAAGAAGGCUGAGGAGGAAGCGGCUCGGAAGAAGGCUGAAGAGGAAGCGGCCCGAAAGAAGGCUGAAGAGGAAGCGGCCCGAAAGAAGGCUGAA